AUGGAAGUGUAACAAUCAAAAAAUCCAAUCUCAUCAGAAACUGAUAUUUUAAUCAAAUCAAAUAAUAUGUAUCUUGAUUCUGAUGGGUUCUAUCCUUAGUCUGUCAAUUUAGAGUAUUAGACAAUAUAAUUUAUUAGAUCUAAAGUAAUCCUUUUAGAUGCAAUAUUUAAUUUAUAUCCAAUUCAAUAUGAGAAUUUAAACAUUUAAAUGUCUAAAGAUGAAAACAUCUAAUUCACCAAAGAUAUUAUAAUUAAACAUCAUAAAUCUGACAAAUAUUUAUAAGCAAUCUACAUUAAAGAUAAGUGGACCAUUUAAUUAACAGAAGAACUUGAUAAGACAUGUUUAUUUUCUAUCUAACCUUGCUUCAAAUCAUAAAUCAUUGUAAUUAUUUAUCUUACCCCCUUAGAAUCAAAAUUACGUCACUUUAUACAAUGAUAUCUAUAUUAGUUUGUCUCUUAAUAAUGAUGCAUUUAUUGAUUCUCAAGAAUGUUUUAUCUCUUGGGAUUCAAAAUAAAUUACUUUUACUAACUAAGUUCAUCUAGCCUCAAAAUUCACAUUUGAAACUAUUAACAAAGCUAAUCAUAAACUAUGCUAUGGUUUUUUAAUUAAAAUUAAACUUAUUGAAAAGAAUGCUUAUUUAAUUAUGACUCAAAAAUAAUAUGCUUAAAUCUAAAUUAAAAAUUUAAUUAACACAUCAAAUGCUGAUAUCCAAUAUGAUGCUCACUUCUCUACUGAUUUAAUAGUCACUUGGUAAGGAUAAGUCUAAACAUCUGAAUUUGAUUUGUGGAGAAUCUAUCAUCCUUAUAAAGCUUAUUAAUAACUUACUUCAAAUGAUUAAUUUUAUCUUUAGAAUAUUGCUACUAAUUAAUACAUUUCCUAAUCAACUCUUGUUAAUAAUAUUGAACAAGCUUCUAUUUUUUAAUUUCAAGAAGUAAAUGGCAACAAUCAUUUUAUUAAUGGAUUUAUGAUUAAUAAAGAUAAAUAUAUAAGUUCCUAAUUUUUAUCAAAAGAAAACUCUUUAUACUAUUAACUAGAAUACAAAUUAGCUGUUACAAAAGAAGAUCAACUAUUACUUGAAUUAUAGAUUAACAUAAAUCAAACUCAAAUUUAUUGGCUCCUAAGUGUUGUUAAAAUUAUUUAAAAUGCAAUUAAUAUUUUUUCAUAAAAUACUGAAUUUCUUUAAAAAGCAAUGAGAUCACAACAAUAAAAUGAUUCUAAAUUUGAAAUAAUAUACCAAAUAUGUGAUUAACUCAUUCAAGUAUUAUCCGAUUUGAUUUGUUUCUGUUUAGAAAAUGGAUCUACACUAAAAGUAAUCGAUAGAAACUCUAUCUUUAAUUCAAGAAAAGACAAAAGAAAUUAAGAUCAACUUAAACGAUAUUAUAUCAUCUAAUAUUUAAAUCAACUAUUAGAACUUAUAUCUUGGGAUGACUAAUUAACAAAUUUAUCUAAUGAUGUCGAUUGUAUUGUUUCGGAAGAAUAAGAAUAGAGCAUAAAACUAAGAAACUAGAUUUAAAAAUUAAUUAAGACAACAUUUUUAUUUUUUUCUGCUUUUAGUGCAUAUAAUGAAUAAAAUGGUCUCUUCAUUAUAUAUAGCUAUUCAAAAUUUAUCUCACUUCUUGGAUGCCAUUUAGGAGCAUUUGAUUGUCUUAUACAAAUUUUUUAAACUAAUUAAAUACUCAUUCCAACAGCGUCAUCUCUCUAUUUUAACUCAUAAGCAAUGUAACAAUAAUAAAAUUAAAUUACCUUAAUAGAUUUAAUUUUUUAAAGGGGAUAAUUUUUAUAUGAGUAAAAAAUUAUAUCCUUUUGGUCAAACUUACCUAAGUUUCUUUAAAUUCUUUGUAAUUUAAAUGACUAACCAUAUAAAAAUAAUCAAAAAGUAAUUGGAGCUAAUCUAAAAACUGAUUCCUUAGUUUUUUCAACUUUUUUUACACAUAUAGAAGAUCAAUUAUUUUAUAUAAAAGUUGAAGAUAAAUUUAUUGAAUUAAAUUAAAUUUAUCGAAAUGCUAUAUAGAAUAACAUUGAUUUAAUUUAAGAUGCUUUACAAUGCAAAAUAUUUAUUGAUGAAUAUUUAAGUUUAGUUGGUUCUCUAUGCCAAAAUAGACAUGUUUAAAAUAUAUUAUAUUUUAAAAAUAUAUUACCUAAAGGGAUUCUGUUCUCAUAUGUAAGCAAUCUUAAAAAUGAUGAUUAUCUUAGAUGCAAACUGAUUGCCAUUUUAAUUAAUUUGUACAUAGAUUUUCAUCCAUUCUAAAGGAUCUAAAUUUCAAAGUUAAUUUUUAAAAGUUACAAACAACAAAAUGAUGAAGAUUUUGAAGAAGAAUUGUUAUAAAAAACUAAAUUAAAAAUUCAUGAUGAAGAAAUAAAAUUCAUUGAAAGUAUUUAGAUAAUAGUUUAGGACUAUUUGAAAAGAAAUUUUAUUGUAUAAAAUAAAGUUAAUUUGUGCAUAAGAAAUUAUUAAAUGUUGAAUAUGUAUUUAUAAUUACUAACUAUUAAACUACCUAAUUAAAACAUAUUGAAAAAAAGAGAUAAAAACAAUAGUUUUAUGGAUCCUAAGUUUCACCUUUAUUUUGAAUUUUUAAUUUUAGCGUUUUCAAUAUUACCACAAUCAAUUUCAGAAAAAUCUCCAGAAUAAGAUUAAUUAUAAUAAUUUGAAUAAUUUUCAGAAGAUAGAAAUGUUUUUAAUCUCUUAACAAAGUGUUUUAUAGAAUUUAUAUAUUAUUUAUCAGAGAUGUUUGAAAAAUUUAUCAUUCAAAAAUGCUUAAAUACUAAUUAAUCUUCUGUAUAAGAGAAGAUUUAAUUAAAUUUUAAAAUACCAGUUUAAUAUGUUGAAAUAUCUAAUACUUUAUUGAAAUUAUUGUCUCAUAAAUAAUUGGCAUCUCAAAUAAAGCUUAAGAUUUUUAAUCUAAUUGAUAAACUUUUCUAACCUAAGAAGGGAAUAUUAUUAAAAUUUGAAUAAUGCAUAGUUUUAGAGAAAUAAAAUGAAACAGAUAUAUUAGAAGAUGUUGAAGAAAUGCAAUAUAAAUUGCAAGAAUUAUUAUAAAGUGAAAAUCUAGAGCUAGAAUCUUAAAAUAUCACUAAAAAAGUUUAAGCAUUCAACCAAAAAUUAGAGAGAUCUGAAUAUUUAUUAUUAUCACAAAGAAUAAUUAGAAUUUUGAAUCUGGAUUACAACAUUUUCGAUAUUCUAAUUCAUUUUUUAUAAUAAUGUAAAGAUAUUACUUAUAAAAUAUAACAUGAUUUAAAAAAUAAUAAAAAUACAACUGAAGAUGAAAAUAUCAUUAAAUUAUGCUCAGAAAUGUUUAAUAUGUUAAAGAUAAUUUGUAAAAAUAACAAUCAAAAUAAAAUAAAGAUAAUGAAAUAGUUUGAUAUUAUAGAAUAAUUUUUUUCUAUUAUGGAUCUAGGAUAAUUUAAUUUAUUAAUAACUAUAUAUGAAAACUCUUUCGACUUAAUUAAUUCAAUAAGUCCAAAAACUAUAUAUUUAUUAUUUUAAAAUGCAAGUGUAGGUGCUUUAAAAAUACUUUCAUGCAUUUUGAGUUAAUAAAAUUAAAUUUCACAUAAAAAUCUAGUACUAAUAUUUCAAUAAUUAACAUCAAAUAUUUAAUUUACUUAGAAGUUAGGUUUAGGAUAACUAAACUUUUAGUAAUUAUUUUUAAUUGAUGAAAAUUUAUCAAUUAAAUAAUUAUUAUUAUAAGGAAAAGCUCCUUAUAUAUUUUAAAUUUAAGGCUAUAAAUUUAUAAUAAAUUUAAUUUAACUGUUUAUUUCAAGUGGAUAGAAUAAUUAAAUAAGUACAGAUUAAAAUCUUAGAAUAUAAAAGCAAAAAGUGAAUAAUCAUUCAGCUUAUCAUAAUUAAGUAUAAACUAAUUAUUAACUUCAUCCUAGCUUAUUAUAAAAAUGUUUCCCUUAUGUUAAUUUAUUUCGUCUAAUAUUUUCUUUAGAUGAUGUUUUUUCCAUAUAAAUAAAAAAUUGGUAAGCAGAUUCACCAUAAUAACAAUAAAAAAAGGAUUUAAAUUAAAUUUUCUUAAAUACAAUUUUAAAGAAUCAUUUAUUAUAAUUUUUAAAUCUGCUAUUAACUUAAAGUGAAUUCUCUAACUAUGAUGAUGAAUACAUUGAACUAGUUAAGAAAUUUAUUCUUAAUGAAAAAAAAUUGUUUAAUAUAUAAAUUAUGUCCAUAGAUUAUUAAAUUUAUAUUGAUAAUAUUAAUUCCUAGAACAAACUAAAAUUACUUUAUUAAUUAUAUGAAGAUCAUCAUAAUGUCUUGUAAAGUAAUUUUUAAGUUGUUUCAGAAUAUGAGAUAAACUAGAAUUUUGAAUGCUUUCUAUUCAAUAAUUAUUCAAUUAAACUUUUUGACUUAAGUUUAAAUUUAGCUUAAAAAUUAUCAGAGUAUAUCGAUACGUUAGAAGAUUCAUCUACUAAAUCUAAAUCAAAUAGAAAUUCAUCAACUUUAAACUUUAAGAAAAAGAGUCUAUCUAUUUCUCUUAUUGAAUUUGGAAUCAAUGAAUAAAAUAAUUUAUCUCAUUCAUUUGCUCCAUUAAAUGAAUUAAAAGUUAUAAUGGACGAUUUUAUUUAUUCAAUUGAAUAACACUUAAAUGAUAGGCUUAUGUUAAAUGAGAUUAAAGAAAAUCAGGAAUUGCUUUAUUUAAAACAAUAAUAAUUAAAAUUACUGUUUCUAAGAUAAUUAGACUUAAAAGGUUUCCAAUUUCAGUAAUAAAAACUAAAAACUAAUGAUCUUUAUAAAGAUAAGUAUCUCAAUCCAGAAUAAUUUAAUGAUUCAAGAUUGCAUGAAUUAAUUACUAUUUAAGGAAUCCUUGAUAGUAAAGUUUUGAAUAGAGUCAUUGAAACUUUAGUAAAUACUCAUUAAGAUUAAGCUGAAGAAAACUUUUAAAUGUUUAAAUAGAUUUAUGUUAAAUUAUUUUUGAUGAAUUAAAAUUAUGAAAUCUUAAUUGAUAAUUUUCCAAAAAUUAUCUAUCCCUUAGUAAGAAUAUUGAAAUAAAGUUUAAAUAACUUAAUUAACAAUUAUUAAGGAAUAUUAAACAUUCUUGAUUUCUUUUGGUAACUUUUGGAUUUUCAUACUUAUAUAAGAGUUGAUUAUGAACAGACAAUGGAAGUUUAUGCAAUGAAUUAGUAAGACAAAUUCAAAAGUUAAAGUGAAUAAAUUUUAUAAAAGAAAGCUAUAAAAUAAAUACAAAAUCUAAUAUGUAAUGAAGGAUUUAUUGAAAUAUUUAUUUAAUUUUGUGAUUCUUAUCAAAAUUUAAAGAUAAUACCUUUUACAGAACUAGAAUUUUUAAACUAAAAUUUAAAGGAUUAAUUGUUCUAUAAAUUCUUAUUAGUUUCAACAAGAUUGAUUAGAGGAUAGGAAUAAGUUAAUUCAAUGACAUAAAGCAAAAUAAUUUCAGUAAUGAAAAAUAAUUAAAGCAACUCUUUAUUGAAAAUAUUUUGCAUUAAUUUUUACAGUCUUUAAAAAUUAAACGAUAUUUAAUAUAUUAGGAAUGAUAUUACAUCAAAUUUGAAUAGAAUUUUAUUUUCAUAUGAAUUCAAUUAAAAUCAUAGACUUGAAAGGAGAAAUAAUUCAUAAAAAUUAGGGAUUAUCAAAAUCUAAAUAAAAUUUUUAUAAUUAAUGGCUGAAGAUCACUUUAGACCAGCUUAGGAUUUUCUUCGAAUUUAAGAAGGAUUCCCAUAAAAUUAUGAUAUGAUUUAAUAAUUGUAAGAUAUAUUAUUUGAUCAUUUUGCAUAAGAGACAUUUAUGAAUCUUAGUUUCGAUGAUUAUGAAUUAAUUGUUGGGUGUUUUGACUGUAUAAAAGAAUUGAUAUAGGGACCAUGUCAUGAAAAUCAAAUAAAAAUAUGUUCAAUAUAAUUCUUAAAAUUAUGUCAUAAACUUCUCAAUUUUGAUGAUUCUCAUACUGCAUUUACAUCAAUGUAUUCAAAUUUAGUAAGAGAAAAAUAACAAAUUCAAACUCGUUCAAGGUAAAAAACCUAAAAUGAACAUAAUAAUCUAUUUUUGAGUUAAAAAAAGACAUAGAUUCAAUAGGCAUAUGUUGAAUUUUAUAAAAAAUAUCCUACUUAUUGUAAAAAGAUAUUAUAAUCCUUUAGAAAAAGCAAUAAUAUAAAUUAUAAAUUAUUUAUGUUAUCAGAAAUAAAAUACAGAUGUUCAACAACAUUAGAAUCUUUAACUGAUGAUUAAUAAACAUCUUCAUAAACUUUAGAAAAAAUCAAUAGCAUUAUAAAUGAAAAAUUACUGAUCAAAAAUAUAUCAAUUUAAUACGAAAAAUUCAAAAUUCUCCAUUAAUCUGGUAAAAAUUAUACAAACAAAAUAUUUUCUCACUUAUUUGGGGACUAACAAAAAUUAUCAACACUUUAUUAAGAAAUUAUUUCUAAUGAAGAGAAAUUCUGGACUAUUGAAGAGAAUAUUAAUGUAGAAGUAGCUAUAAGAGACUUUUGUGAUUCCUUUAUUAUUGAAAGUGGAUUCUCACUUUAUAAUGUUUUAGCAUAAAUUUUUUAACAUAAAGAUAUGGAUGUUAUAGAAAGAAUUUAUGAACAAAUUGAUUAAGAGAAAACAUAAAAAAAAUAGUUAAAGUAGUUGUUACUUUAUAAAUUAUAUCAAUCCUGGUUUCAAUUGUAGAAAAUUACUGAAAUGAUUCACAAGUAUUUUAUAAUUUAAUAUUUUAUGUAGUAGCGUAGUUAAAGAGAAAAAAAAUGAAAUAAUAAAUGAAAAGAUUUUCUUAAAAAUAUACAAUUCGAAAAUACAUUAAUAGGAUCAGCAAUUAUAAAAAUAGAACAGUCAUCCUUAUGAAAAUGAAUUAGAAAAUGAAAAGGAUAUUAAUUAGAAGAAACUUGGUUAUAGAGCUUUAAGAUUCUAUGCAACUAGAUCUGGAUCAAUAGAAAUAAUUUUACCUUAAAAAUAGAUUAAGCAAGUAAUAUUUCCUUUAUUACCUCAUUGUUUUUCAUUAAACAAUUCCAUUAAACAUAAAUUUAAUAAAGAUAUAGAUCGAUCAACUUAAUAAACAAAAGUUGAAUCAAUACUUUAUAAUUCUAAUAAAACAAUUUAAAAGUUAAAAACUGAAUAUUAAUAUCAGUUAUUAUAUAAAAGACACUUUUUAGUAAAUAUGAUAGCUAGUAAUCAAGAAAUUUGGAAAUAAAUAAUAUUUUAUGUGAUUGUAAUGUAGAAUAUAUUGAUUCUAUUAACAAAUAAUGGAAAAUAUGAUCGUAUAUUAGACGAUUUGCUUUUAGCCUUAAAUAUAUUAUAGAUAAUAUUGCAAUUUGUUUGUUUUUUCAUUUUUAUAAUAAGAAAAUUACCAUAUUUAAGAAUAAAAGCUCAAGAGAUUGUAAUUGAAAGAUAAAUAAAUCGUAUAAGAAAGAGAGAAAUAAAAUAUAAAUAUCUCGAUAAUUCUUAAAGUGUAGUAUUAUAGGAGGAUUUUAUUUUAGAAAAGACAGAAACAUUUUUAUUAGAAUAAAAUAAGUUUGUAAGAUUUUAUUAAAGCAUUACAGAUAGGUUAGUAUUAUUUAAAUAUAUAUUUUUUGAUUAUGAAAUGAUUUAUUUUUUGAUAUUUACAUCUAUAGCUAUUUCAGGAUUAUUUACAAAAACGUUAUUAGCAUUACUUUUACUAGAUGUUUUUUGGAGAUUUCCAAUGUUAACAGCAAUGAUAAACGUAAGGAAUUUAAAUUAAAAAUUUUUUAGUCCGUUUGGCGUCCAAUAGUGUAAAUAUUACUUACAUUAGCUCUUUUUUUCAUACUUUAGUAUUAUUAUUCUCUGCUAAUAUAUGAUUUCUACUCUGAAGAUUCCAACUAUUCUCAAUACUGUUAAAGCUUGUUACAAUGCUUUUCAUUUAUUCUAGACGUAACAUUUAAAAAGGAUGGUGGGUCAACAGGGUAUGUUGCAGCGUCUGAUGGUAUUAGUUCCACUUAUGCAAAUCCUGAUUUCCGAUUUGGAAUUCUAAACUUUUGGGAAUUCUGCUAUUAUUUCUUUGUUAUCAGUUUAACAUAUUCUAUCUUCACGGGGUUAAUCUUAGAUUCUUUUGGUGCAGAUAGAGAAGAAGCAGAAGAACUUGAAACUGAUAUAAAAGAGUUUUGCCUUGUUUGCGGAAUUGAUAAAAGUAUAAUUGAAAAGAAAACAAAACAUAAAAAGGGAUUCCGGUUCCAUGUUAAAAAUGAACAUUAUGUUUGGAAUUAUAUUUUCUUUAUUUCUUAUAUAUAAGAAAAAAAGAGUUCUGAAUAUAAUGGUAUUGAAAGUUAUGUUUAUCUGGAACUAAAAAGGGAAAGUAUUUUUUGGUUUCCUAUUAAUAGAUCUUUAUCCAUAAUCGAUUAAGAUGAUGUGGUAUUCAUUAAAUAAAUAUACUUAGGAUAAAAUUGAUGAAAUGAUAGAUUAAUAAUUAACCAAAAUAUCUCAAUCCAUAGACAGAAAGUUGUAUGAAAAAGGUCUAAACAAAGACCUCAUUUAAAGUUGA